AUGUCAAACAACAAUCUCAACAAAGUAGCAGUGGUGACCGGUGCAAAUAAAGGUCUCGGCUUUGCUUUAGUGAAAAAAUUAUGCGAACAAUUCCACGGUACAGUGUAUUUGACGUCCAGAGACUCAACCAGAGGGCUAGAGGGGUGCAAAGUAUUAGAAAAUCUCGGCCUAAAACCUGCCUACCACCAAUUGGACGUAACCGACAAUAAUAGUGUUAAGCAAUUCAUUAAAUACAUUCAAAAGAAUCAUGGGAAAAUAGACCUUCUUAUUAACAACGCAGGAAUACUUUUUCUAAAAGACUGUGUAGAAUCAAAGAGUUAUCAAGCAGAGCAGACUUUGUUCGUGAAUUUCUUUUCUUUGGUUAAUUUUACUGAAGGUAUUCUGCCGCUAAUUAGCAAUGGUGGCGCUAUAGUUAAUAUUUCGAGUUCAUCAGGACACUUAAGCAGGAUUCCUUCUGAGGAAUUGAGAAGGAAAAUUAAACGGGAGGACUUAUGUUUGGAUGAAUUGAAAAAGUUGAUGAAAGAAUAUGUGGACGCAGUCAAAGAAGGAAGGGAAGAGACUGAUGGGUGGGGUAACUCACCGUAUGUCGUGUCUAAAGUUGGUGUAAACGCUUACACGUUUAUGUUGCAUCGCAGAUUAGUUGACAGAGGGAUAUCAGUGAACUGCGUGCACCCAGGCUACGUGCAAUCUGACAUGACGCACGGGGCCGGCAACAUUGCUCCCGCGGACGCCGCUAAAGUGCCCGCAGGCUUGGCGCUGCGGCCUCCUGGCAGCGGUCUUUACGUGUGGCAUAAUGGCAGCGCCGUGGCGUGGGAUGGCAGGGACCCUAGGGAGGUUAUAGAUGGGAAAAAACCUUAA